GCACCAAACCCUGAACUUUUCUCACGCUGGGUCUCCUUUGGUUUUGCGAGGUACCGGUUUUUGGUUUUGAAAGAAAUGGCGAUGGCUGGGCGUAUCAGAUCAAGCCUCCCUCUACUCAACAAGAUUAUCAGAUCCGAUUCACUCUCUACCCAGACAUCGACGAUUCAACGGGCCCUUCUUUGCCCUACUUUCACCCAAUCUGAGUUCUCGGGGAACUAUUCCACUGCAUCAGGAAAAAAAGAGGAGAAGGUCAAGGUGCCUUUGGCUUUGUAUGGUGGCAGUGGAAACUAUGCCUCUGCUUUAUACCUUGCGGCAGCAAAAUCUAAUGUAUUGGAUCAGGUUGAGUCUGAAAUUCUUGACGUUGUUGAGGCUAUCAAUAGGAGCCCGAAAUUCUCUCAAUUCACAAAGGACUUAUCAGUGCCUGCCGAUAUAAGAAUCAAGGCAAUUAAGGAUAUUUGUGCUCAUGCAACACUUUCAGAUAUCACGAAGAAUUUUCUGAUUUUGUUGGCUGAGAACAGAAGGCUGAGAAACAUAGACAGCAUAGCAAAGAAAUUUAAUGAACUGACCAUGGCACAUAAGGGAAUAGUUAAAGCCAUUGUCACAACUGUCAUACCCUUACCUCCACAAGAAGAAAAAGAAUUGAAGGAAACACUGCAAGAUAUAAUUGGACAAGGGAAGACAGUUAAGGUUGAGCAGAAGAUUGAUCCCAGUAUUCUUGGUGGGCUUGUGGUAGAGUUUGGGCAGAAGGUGUUUGACAUGUCCAUCAAAACCAGGGCAAAGCAGAUGGAGAGGUACCUGCGCGAGCCUAUUGACGUUGGCAACCUCUAAAGUAGUAGUACUUUGGCAUCAUCAACUAUCAUGUAUCCUCAAAGAAGGAAAUGAGGUGUCUGUUAUUCUUCGAACCCGUUCAGUUAUAAUCUCUGUUUCCAAAUAAGUAUUAUUUUGGUUCAUAUCCUCGUUCGGGGUAAUCCUUAGCAAGCCUGAACUUGUACAAGAUUUUAUGGAAAACUUUUGAGGUGAUAUUUUAUCGACUACUGUUUGCAA